GAUUACGUCACUCGGGCCAAGCGAAGCGAGCGGAGGGAGAUGUACGAGAUUCGUACUGUGUUAAAAUUAAUACGUCAUCUCAUAUUCUAAAGUGAUAUCUGUAAAUUAAUUCGCGGUGUCGCUCAGAAAUUUAAUAUAAAACAGCAUAAUGCCGGCGGCGCGAGGCGUUAAACGUGCUGCGUCCAAAUCGUCUACCGCUACGGCGUCAACGGCGGCUAAAAACAAGAAAAAACGUGGAGCGAUCCAAUGGGAGAUUCCAUCGCCUCCAAAGAAGAGGGGUCGUGUGCUAGCAUGCGGACAGGGUGAUGUGGGACAGUUGGGGCUUGGAGAAGAUGUCGUCGAGACUUCCAAAUUCAAGUAUGUGACUGCACUGGGUGACAAAAUAGUUGAUGUGUAUGCUGGUGGAAUGCAUACAAUAGCUCUGGAUAGCAGUGGGAAGGUAUGGACAUUCGGGUGUAACGACGAGGGCGCCCUGGGCCGGGCCACGUCGGGAGAGAGCGAGGAGGGCACGCCGGGCGCGGUGCGGCUGCCGGCGCCCGCCGUCUGCAUCGCGGCCGGGGACUCGCACUCCGCCGCGCUGCUCAACACUGGAGACGUCUACGCUUGGGGAGCCUUCCGGGACUCGCACGGCAGUAUGGGGCUGGUAGUGCGCGGGCGUGAGGGCAAGUCGUGCCGCGAGCCCGUCCACGUCGACAUCGGGGAGACUGCCGUCGCCAUCGCCUCCGGUGGAGACCAUCUCGUCAUACUCUCGGCUUCAGGUGGUGUGUACACAAUGGGUUGCGGAGAGCAAGGACAGCUCGGCAGACUGUCGCAGCGAUCCGCUUCCAGAGACGCCAGGCAGGGAUUCAGUGCUCUACUGGUUCCGUCGAAGGUGACACUGAAGGCAGGCGGAGCGCGUAUCUGGGCGGGCUACCACGCCACCUUCGUACUCGACAACAAUGACAAGAUGUUGGCCUGGGGACUCAACAACUAUGGACAGCUUGGUAUAACAGGCGAGAAGCGCAAGACAGCGAUAUUCUCCCCGACAGAGUGCGACGCGUUCACGAGCCAGCAGUGCACGUGGGUCCGCGUCGCUUGCGGACAGCAUCACUCGCUCGCGCUCGACUCCGCCGGGCAGGUCUACGCCAUCGGCCGCUGCGAGUACGGCAGAUUGGGUCUCGGUGACCGUGCGGGUGACGCGGAGGUAUUGGAGCCGAUCCCCGCGCUUCAGAACAAGAAGGUCAUCAGCAUAGCCGCAGGGACCAGCAACUCAUUCGCCGUUACAGACUCUGGCAGCGUGGUGUCAUGGGGCAUGGGUUCGGAAGGCCAGCUGGGUACAGGCGCCUGCAACGACGCGGCGGAGCCGACGGCCGCCGUGACGCCGGCGCUGGCAGAGCGCACGCCGCUACAUAUCUCCGCCGGGGGACAGCAUACUGUGCUGCUUGUUGAGGACCCAACCUCCCAAAAGGAAGCAUCCCCACCCCCAGAAAGUGAAACUUCAGAGCAGAAGGGUGACUCACAAUCCGCUGAAUCAGAGGAAGAGGAGCCCAAACCUGCCAAGCGGCCGAAGAAUGAGCAAGAAGGAGAGAUCUCUUCCACAUCCAGCGCACAGCCCAGCGAUGUAGCCGAGGAGGCUAAACCACAGAAGGUGAACGGUGACGAGAAGAAAGAAACCCCGAUGGAAGUUGAUGAAACUGACACCCCACAACAGAAAGAAGAAGACGCAGAGACAGAAACAAAAUCAGCAGACGAACAAACAGACACGGAGCAGACCGAACCAGAGAACACACAGACGGAGGACUCCAAGCCAGAGACAACGGACACCUCCAGCCAGGAGACCACAGACAGCGAUACCAAGUCUCAAGAGCCAGAGAAAACUGACGUGGAAAUGAGCGAAGAACGUACUGAAGUCAACGGCACGCCAGAGGUCGUUGAACCCAAGACUGUCGACGUCAUACCUACAGCCAACCCCCUGACCACAACAGCGUGAUGUUAACUGUGUUAGUAUCUGGACAGCGCAUAGUUGGUUUAAACGUUCGGGUUUUUGUUCGGCAGGCGGCUACGUUAUACAUAUCUUACGUAAGGACUGUUAGCUUCACUCUAAUGAUUUCACAAUCGAUUUCUACACAUCACUUUAGCUGAACACAAUAUUAAAUUAGUUCUAAAGUAAAUGUUAUUCUAAAUGAACCGCCUCGUUGACGCAUUUUUUUAGUCUAAAACUUUGUAUUAGAUUUGAUAUUAGCGCCUUCAGGAAUCGUUCGUGCCUUUCCUUUAUUGAGGACUACACGGAUAGGCUAAAAGUUUGACGCUUUUUUUUAAAAGAAUAUUUAAAACUGAAGGAAUAUGUCUCGGCGGUUGAUUCAUGUCUUCAUAGAAUAAACACCAGUUGACUGGACAAUCUCUACACCACAUGAGGGCUGAAUAGCUCAUUCAGUUAUUGAAGAAAUAGCUAAAUAAGCCUCAAUCAUCAAGUUUGCAAUAAUGUAAUAACAGAUAGUUAUUUCAGAGAUCACAGUCCAAAAAACAGUCACCGCCAAGACACAUACAGCUCAGUUUUAUCAACAAUGAAUCGUAAAUACUUAGUUUUAAAGUAUAUUUUCGUAAAGUUCAGUCUUUGUCUGUCUAAAUCAACCCUGACGUAUAAAUUGACUUGGUACCUUGUGGUACUUUGAGCUAUCGGGCGGUACGAUGUCUUGUACUGAAUUGUAUUGUUGUACAAUACUAAUGAUUUUUUUACAAAAUAUAUAUUCGAAGUUGACUUUUGUAGGUAAGUAUGUUCUUUGUACUGGUUCGCGAACGCUAAAUAUUUGGUUUCAUAAUCGUAAGCCCAAAAUCGUCUUAGAAUUCGUGGAAGGCACUUCGUGUAACUUACUGAUGUGUUUAACCAAAUGUGGAUAAUUCAUUGAAAAUGUAAUUAAUUAAUAUGUCAAAAAAGCUGUUUAUGGACAAUUUUGUAGAUUUCUAAUCAAUUUUUCACUUGAUUUUGAUGAUGAAGUCUAAUAAAUCAAAUAUACCUUUCAGUGCGAACAGAUCACAAUUGUUUGCGAAUCAGUACCUGACUCUGGUGGCAUGUAAUGUAAUUAACGAUAAAUAAUUGACCUGUAAGACCUGUUCCGUACAUGUCUGCCCAUCUAAGCUCGAUACAAGCGUGAAGCUUGUGUUAAUAAUAAUUUAAUAUUAUGUUUGACCUUGAAAUAAAGCUAAAAAUUAAUUAAAAUUCAAUCUUUUCUUCUUUCUCCUUUCGUCCUUGUAUUACUGAAUAAUAUUACAC